CCAUGACACGACCAUUUUAGAGAGUGUGUCGAACAAUAAAGUUUUAACUAACCCUAGAUUUAUUUUCUCUCAGAAAUUUUGUGACUCUCAAUCCUCAGUUCAGCAUUUCAUUCUCUCAAGGUCUGAAGUAUCAACGUCACCACGCGAGGUAGUUUCGAGCGUUCGACGGCAGCACACCGAGCCCUCGAAGACUCACCGCUAACUACGCCGUUCACAAAGGUAUCACAGUUCAAGAAGAGAAGAUGCCAAAGCGGACUACCCACACAUACUCGAGCGAAGAUGCUGCUCCUGAGGGACCAGACUCUGACCUCUUUGUCUAUUAUUGCAAACACUGCAGUUCCCAUGUCCUCAUCACGGAUAAUCAAUUGCAGAAAAUGCCCAAACGGAAAACUGACAAAGCAUAUGUGCUGGACAAGAAGAAGUAUCUUGCAAGAUUGAGUGUCAAUGAGGCGGGAAAAGUUCUCUUAAAGCGUGGUGAAGGGAAACUGGAGAAGCAGUUUCGCAUGAAUUGUAAGGGUUGUGGUCUCUUUGUUUGCUAUCGUGCAGAAGAUGAUCUAGACUCUGCAUCUUUUAUCUAUGUAGUUGAUGGUGCACUUAGUACUAUUGCUGCUGAAACAAAUCCACAGGAUGCUCCUGUGCCACCCUGCAUAUCACACUUAGAAGGGGGUCUUGUUCAAGUGGCAAUUGAAGUGGAGGACCGUGCGCAGCGCUCAGCAAUUACAAGAGUAAAUGCUGAUGAUGUUAGGGUUACUGUCACGGCACCUGCAGCUCGUGGGGAAGCUAACAAUGAACUUCUAGAAUUUAUGGGCAGAGUGCUGGGUCUUAAACUAUCCCAAAUGACUCUCCAAAGAGGUUGGAAUAGCAAAUCUAAGCUUCUUGUGGUGGAGGAUUUGAGUGCUAGGCAAGUUUAUGAGAAGCUCUUGGAAGCAGCACAACCUUAAUAAGUGCACCAUAAACCUAAUAUGUAACUACUGGUAGGACAAGUACUGUCAUUGAGGCAAUAUUUUCUACUUGUUAUAGUUUAGAAUUCAUUGAGGCAUCCUCUACUAGUGACAUAAAAAUGUACAAUUUGCUUUUGUUUCUAAGAUAUGCCAAAAAAAACAUUUUAUUUUUCAUUUGCUUUAAUCCAGUACAACUGUAUUUUGCCUGUUAACUCAAGAAGCUUAUUUCACUGCAUUGGUAAUGUUUU